GUGGAGACGGCUUGAGGUCACACCUCUCCCUUCUGUGCCUUAACAUAAAAGGAGUGUGGCCCUAAAGAAAAAUACUUUUUUAAAGAGUACAGGGGAGGUACUGAUUUACAAGCUGUGACCCUCUGCCGGUGCAGUCUGCACCAGGUUAUCAGAACUGGAGGGAUCUUUUGACCUGGCCUUGCAGAGCCUCACGUCUCAGCUGCAGAGUGUGAGCCUGUAUCCCCCCCAGCCAGCCCAGCACUCACUUCUGUUUUCGAUUUCUUUCCUAACCAUCAUUUAUUUCCUUCUGUGGUAGUUUACAGACAAGAAGCACUGGCCUUCCCCUCCCUCUCCACCUCCUUCCCAGCCAUGUGACUGAGCACUCCCUGCAUCAAGCGAAACUUUUCAGUCCCCAGGAAAUCUUGAUUUUCUCUCCACCUGCUCCACGGUGAGAAGCAGCAUCUCUCCCACCUGCAGCCGUGCUGGCCAUGGGGAGGAGUGUACGGCAGCUCAUCCUGCUGACCUUCGGCUGUGCAUUUUCCUCCUGCCUUGCUGAAGUGGCCUCGAGGGUUGAACUGUCUCCAGAAACCACGUCCUUACACCAUAUGGCUACUUCUGCUCAGCCACUUUCCCUUUAUCAUUCCUCACCCCAUCAAAGCACCACAGUUCACUUUAACAGCACAGUCUCUCUUGAAACAACACCCACGAGCCACAGAACAACUGUGCAGACAACAGAGCAGCACCAGGAAACAGCAGCUCUAGGCCAGCACACGACAGCCCAGGCAGGAGCUGGAACACCCAUCACCACCAUGACACCAGCAGACAACACCAGUGCAGCUGGCCAGGCCACAACCCAGCCCAUGCACAGGGUCACACCUGCAGGGAAGAACACAACCACCCCUUCUGUGUCCUCCACACACGUGAGCACUGCAAUGACAGCCACCAACGCAUCCCUAAACCACACAACAGCAAAUACUCAAGUGACAGCUGCUGCCACCACCUCUACAGCCACCAUGCAGACGGCCAAAGCCACCACACAGUCAGGAAAACAAACAACAGCGACCAGAAACUCAACAGCCACAGCCAUGACCAGCACAACAACCGCCCGUCCAGGGACACAAACAGCCAUCCCAUCUACUGUGGUGACAGUGAGACCCACUCCUGCCCCACGACCUUCUCCCAUCCCCACUGGCACAUACACCAUUUCCAGUGGGAACAGGACCUGCAUCAAAGCAGUCAUGGGUCUGCAACUGAUGGGUCAAAAUACACAAAAGGAGCAGAUGGAGUCUGUGAUUGUCAACCCCAAUGCGACACAGACAUCUGGAAGCUGUGGGAUGGUGCAGUCUCAGCUGAACUUAACUUUCAGUGGAGGAUUUGUGAACUUCACCUUUGUAAAGCAAGCUCCAAGUUACUUUGUCAGCAACAUUGAGAGCAGAAUACAGUUAUCUUCUGAAGGUAUGUUUUACUAUGCAGCCCUAAAUGAGAAGCUGUUUACAACAAAGCUGGGGAAUUCCUUUAAGUGUGCCAGCAGGCAAACCUUCACCUUGGAGAAGAACUUCCAGAUCCUCUUUGUUCAUAUGCAGCUGCAGGCGUUUGAUAUUGUUGGUAACCAGUUUGGAAAAGAAGAAGAAUGUUUUCCUGACAGAAGCAGCAAAGCAGCUCCCAUCGCAGUGGGCCUGAGUAUCCUGGGGCUGUUUGUCAUCGUGUUUGUUACUUUCCUGAUUUCCCGGAGGAAGCCACAUAGAGGAUACGAACGCAUCUGAGGUGCCCUUGUACUUCCAAAUGGGUGUAGCAAGCAGAGAAGUCACGGGAGUUUUAGCUUCUGCCUGGCAAUCUCUCUGCCCUGAAGCCACAUUUUUAAGUGAGAUGACACCAUGUGUUUAAAUCUAAUGAAUAUUUCUGCAAGUAGUUUCUUUAGGGCAGGAAGGAGACAACUCAUAUCCUCUACUUUAGGCUAUUCUUAGCAUCUAAUUUAGAUGUAGCCCAGAUGACCAAAAUGAGGAGCCUAAAUUCUCUGUGUUAUCAACAAAGGAGAUAAUUCAGACCACCUAAGUCAGAUUCCUAGAAAUAGCUUAAAGCAGUAUUGGUAUCCCCAAGAAAAUCCAUCAGGUUUGUUAAUUAUAAUAUUUAGAUUUAUUAAAAUAUGUAAGUCUGGUGAUAUGACUUUCAAAUGAAUAAAGCAGAGAUCCAGAGCUACAGACAACCCUGUUAAAUUAAAGCUCAGUGAAAGCCUUGUGGGAACAUGUGUGCCAAAAUCUCAGGGUAAGUGUCAGUGUGACUCCAUUCACAAGCAAGUUCUCAGCAGUCCUACAACAGAGUUACACUUCCUAAGUGCUUGGGUUUUUUCCUAUUAAGCCCUUUGCAAAGACACAGUGGUAAUAUGUGACUCUUACUCUGGAGCUGAAUAUGUCACAGUCUUGUGAGAGCUCACGAACCACCCAUGUCCUGUUCAGACAUGGACCUGUUACAGUGACCACCACUGAGCCCAGUAACUGCCCCUCUACUGAGAUGGCAGCACUGGGAUCUCUGAAUCUGGGAAGAUGCCACACUCAUUGGAAAUGCCUGGGAUUCAGUGACCACCAUUGUGGCAGAUCUGCCCGAGGUCCCUGAGAAAUGGAAAUCCACUGACACUGUAUGUUCAAGGCUUCUCUAAGAACUAAAAGCUUGCACAGCCCUUGGACAAACUCUCUGUCCAAAAGCGAAUGUUAUCCAGCAUGCUGGAUUUUCAUGUGGAAAUAAUUUGGAGUUGCUUUAAAGCACAUUAAUUGAUACACUCUGCAGUUUAUUUCCUGCUAAACCGAUGAUGAAGGCAUGAGAGUAGUAAUUGCUUUUGAGAUUAAGUCCAGCUCAUGUUCUUUGUUGUAAAAAGAAAAAGCUCCUUGUUUACAAAGGAGAUUUACAAAGCAAAUGUGCACACACACACACACAUACAUGCAUGUGCACACACCAUACAAUCUGCUCACUGAAGCC